AUGCGGAUCGCGCCGCCGCUCGCCGCGGUGCCCUCGCCGAUCCUGGCCAGGACCGACCCUCCGCUCGUCGCCGCGCUCCCGCCGGAGGCCAGCUGCGUCGACCCGCCGCCCCCGCUCGUCCCGCUCCCGACGCUCACCGUCGCCGCUCCGCCGCGGCCGGCGGUGCCCGAUCCCGAGCCCAGCAGCACCGCGCCAGAGUUGCCGGUCUGCGACGUUCCGGAGCUAAAGACCAGGCGCCCGCUCGACCCGGCGCCUCCGGCGUUCCCGCUCGCCACGCGCACGGCGCCGCCGCUCGCCGCGCCGCCCUCGCCGCCCGUCGCCGCGCAGGCGCCUCCGGUCGCCGCGGUGCUUGCGCCACCGCGCGCGCAGACGGCGCCGCCCGCGCCGCUGGUGCCGCUGCCGACCGCCGCCGAGACCGCGCCGCCCCUCCCGCCGGUCGCGCGGCCAGAGCCAAAGCCCGCGGCCCCGCUGUUCCCGGACUUGGACGUUCCCGAGGUAAACACCAGGCGCCCGCUGCCUCCGCUCGCGCCGCCUUUCGCGCUCGUCACCUCCACGGCGCCGCUCGACGCCGCUGUUCCCUCUCCUCCCAGGGCGACUGCGCGUCCUCCGGUCCCCUUUGCCCCGGCCCCGACCGCGUCGCGGCCCGCGACGAGGGCCAGGCCACCUCCGGCCCCGGACGUCCCGCUGCCCGCGGUCGCAACCGCGCGACCGCCGCGGCCCGCCGUCGCCGUUCCGGAGCCCAGGACCGCGCCGCCGCUGUUGCCC